UUUGGAAGAAACCCAUUCGGCGAACCCACUUUUACCGCAGGAGAUUAAUAGUAUGAAAGCAGCGAUACAUCAGGCACUGCAUGUGGCCACGGAAGGAAGGAACAGAGUCCAGGCAGUGAAAGAGCAAAGCCAGUUGCCCGUAGAAACAGGUAGUGUGUCAGUGGAGACUCGGGAAAUGCCUCAGAUGAUGGUUAAAAAUAGAGAUCAGGCAGUAAUCCAGCAGGCAGUGGCUACAGACCUUGGUUUAGAAGAAUCGCAUUCAAUAUUUCCACUUACAUCACAAGAAACCAGUGGUAUGCAAGCAGGUGUUCAACAAUCACUCACGGACAUGGGAAGAGCGAGGCUUGGCCAGUCAGCAACUCUUCAGACAGCACCCGGGAGCAUGGAGGAAGCCAAUGCCCAGUCAGGGGUCCUGCAUGCAACGUCUUUGGAGGUAGACAUGGAAGAAGCACAUUUAGGGACUUCACCAUUGAUCCCGAAGACUUGCAGUGUCUUAUCUUUGCUUCGUCAGACAGCACGCGAGGAUACAGGUGUUUUGAGCGGUGCUGAUGCAGUGCCUCAUCAUACACAUGUGACUAUGGAAGCAGGUAGAAGUGCUAUGUCAGAAAUGAAGGCGACAAGGACUGCACAGUUAGAUUUAGAAAAGUCACAGUCACUAAUUCUACCCUCACUGCAGAUGGCCAGUAAUGUUCAACCUUUAAAACAAGUAACACCAUAUAUCAUAGGAGCCACCAGUGCUUCGACAGUGUCUCAUCAACCAUCUGAGGUGGCUAUAAAUGAUGGCACCACAUUGACUUCAGAAAGAUGGGAAACAGUAAUUCCACUGACAGAACAGAGAGUAAGCAAUGUACAAACAGUCACUCAUUUGCCGACUCGGAUGGAAGGAGUUAUCUGUGACCAGGAAGAAACUCGCACUGGCUUUGUAGUAACUCGAGCAGUAGCUUCUGAAGUAGAUAUGAAUGAAUCAUGUUCACUGGCUUCAUUUUUGCCACAAUCAAGUAGUGUGAGGGUUGUGACUAAUCAGACCCCUCGCCUUGCAAUGGAAGGAACCAAACCUAUACAAACACAGUCACCAAUAGUGGUUUCUCAGUUGCCACAGGUGAUGAGCAGUGCCCAAGAAAGGCCUUACAUGUUCAUGGAAGUACCAGACAGUGUACAGACAAUGACGGCGCAGUCAUCGGUCACAUUGGGAUUGGAGAAUCCACAUGGACCUAGCAGUAUCCAAGGAGUAACACAUCAUAUACCUCAAAGUACAGAAAAACCUGAUCAAACAAGGGAGCCUCAGAUGGCACAGGCCAUAUCAUUUGGUGAACAUUAUAACACAGUAACUGUGAACUCCAGAGGAUCACUGAAGCCACUUACAUUUGUUGAUGGUGAAGACCACACACCUCUUGCAGCUUCAACUCCCAUAAAUGCACAAACUUGUGUAGUGAUGGAUAAGGAACAGUCUUCUCUUGAAGACAGUGCGUAUGCCACAGCAACUCCAACAGAGUUGGAAAAGUUCACUAAGGAGACAUCCAUUCUUGUACCAGAGUCAGAGUCAGGAAGGGUUGCCUUUACAGUUUCUAAAGUUUCAAAAUUGGAAGAUACAGAACAGAAAAUGUCUCCAUUAAACAUCUCUCACAAUACAUUGCAAACGUUGCAUGGAAGAGUAGGCCAUCAGACUCCUCAAACAAAAUCUGUGUCUCAAGGUGACAGUUUAUUUGCGACAGCCAGCGAAUUUUCAUAUGAUAUUGAAAGCUUAGAGGCACUUCCCACCAGUAAUACUGAGGAUGAAGAAAUAUUUUACACACCAGAAAUAUUAGAGAAUAAACCAGAACAAAAGCUUAGUGCUGGUGGCUUGAGCUUGCCAAAAAGAAAUUACAGAGAGGAAAUCAUUGCAACAUCAGAAGAGGAAUUUUUCUCAGCAGAAGAUUCAGCCCUAGUUUCAAGUUCUGAUAGUGUAACAUCUAUGACCUCUCGUAUAUGUAAAGAUGACAAAAACGUGAGUAGCUCACAGGUAGUACACCUUGAAAAUAGAAGUGAAAUAAGAAAUUUAGAUAUGCAGAGAGAGAAAUCACUGACAGCCAGCAGAAUAAGUACCAUCGGAAACUUGCCUUGUGUGACUGCCAAUUCAGCCAAAGGUUCUGAAUCCAUCCAAAAUGACAAUUACCUCUAUAAAAAGGGGCAUGUUGGCAAUAUUAUUAGUUGUGCUCAAGAUCCGAAUGUAGUCGUCUCAUCUUGCAGUGUUCCACGUGUAACAUUAGAGCAAGAAGUCUCAGAGGAAACUUACAAAGAAAAGGAGAAGACAAAGCAGGCAGAGAGGGGUGAGGUAGCGGGACGAGAGAGUAGCAGGAGCAGGAGUGUAGACCAGGGCCUCAAGAGCGCUCUGCCAGGUAACAUCAGUUUACCGCAUGGCAACGAGGGCCAGCCCAUUGCCAGCACGAACGUCAUUGGUCAGAGCGCUUUGGCAGGCUUUGGCAGAAGUACAAGUUCAGUUACUGAGGAAUAUUUAGCAAAGCUGCAAGAUAGAGACAGUGCAAUGCACACAUCAGCAUUAUCAGAAAGUCAGUAUAUUCCUGUCAAGACCAAAGUGCAGAACCCAAGCAAUAGCAGUAAGAAUGAAGGCAAAAGAAGUCGAGGGAAGGAGCAAGGAAAAGUUGCAAAAGGGUGCAUUGAGAAGCUUGAAAAUUUUGUAUUCCAUGAAACAACAGAAACUGAUUACAGUGUGGCAAAGGUAGAGAAUGCAAAACUUAUAGAAACAGCAGAUUUGCCCCAUUUGGGAAAAUUGACUGCUCCUGAUACGGGGAUAAAAACUUUAAGGGAAGACAAAGCAAUUUCAUUUGAAGAGAAUAAGUCCAUAUCAAGCACUGCUGCAAAAGUUUCUCAAAGAAAAGAAGUUAAGAAAAAUAUUCCCAAUGAAAAGAAAAGCGAUCCACAGGUUGAUUCACGUCAUGCUACUACAUCAACAAGUCCAACUGAGAUGAACCAGCACUUACAGAAGAGAAGUCCAGAUGAUGUUCAACGUAAACUCAUUCGGCAAGUCACCCACCCACCACACACUGUCGUGACCGGCUUCUCUAAUACCAUAAUGCAGCCACAAGAAGCCUGUGAGCAGACUGACGACAAGACGCUUGGAAGUCAUGCUAAGGUGAUAUAUAAAGCUGAGCAACAAAAGCCUGAGUACACAGCAAAUUACAGCUUGGCAAAACUUAAACGAUCCCUCUACUCACGUAAACUGGCAGGUCAGGUCUUCAAUCAGAUGACCUACCCAGCUUAUGAGCCAGAAAGAGAGCAAGUCCAAGUAGAGGACCAUUCCACGCUGAAGAAAGAGGACAAUGCGAGAGCAGUACCAGCUUCCGUCAGUCACAAUGUCCAAGGAAAGUUCGACAGCAAGUCUGAGAAAUAUGAUGAUACACAAGCAUCUUUUCAAGCAAGGUUAUCAGAUGACAAGGAAGUUGAGUCCAAAACUACUGGUGUAUUCAAAAGUUUUGGCACGAGAAGUUCUGCAGUUGUUUCGAAUCAACAGGAGCAACAUCAAACAAAGAACUAUGGAAAGACAUUGAAUAUGAAUGUUUUAGAAUCUAAGAUAACAGAAUUAAAGAGCACUGAAAUAGAUAAGGAUAAUAUCAAGAAGGACAAUACUAUACAAGAACAUUCACAUGGAAUUGAAGUUACUGUGUCAAAUUACUCUUCUAAAUCAACAACAACCACCCAUGAAGAUAAGCAGACAUAUGUGGUUGAUAAGAGCGUGGACAACCCAAAACUGAAGCUUACUUCUGAAGCUUGGCGGGGACAAUUCCUCAUGGAACAAGACCAGAGUGAUGAAUGGGGGGCUUCAGAUGAGAGUAUUACGUUCAUCUUCAUGAAUCCAGAUGACGAGAGACCAUCCGAGGACAAUUUAUUACAAGCAAAUGUUACCCAGUCCAAUGGUUCAAACUAUCGCAGUUCCUCGGACUUGUCGCACGUAGGUUUGAGUUUUGAUACGUCAACUGAAUUAAAACAAGCCCAUUUCUUUGAUCUGUACAAGGCAAAAUGCGGCCGGCUUGUUCGCUCCACAUCUUUGGAUUCUGUGUAUUGGAAUUUAAGUAAAAUUCAGGUGGCUAAGCAAAAAACGGAAAUGCAACGAACCAGCAGCCUAGAGGAAGUGGUGACACAAGAACUGGAAGAUAUACUAGCCAGAGGAAGGCGUUUCUCCUCUGUUGAAUCGGAUGAAGAUGACAUAACAGAGGAUGCAAGCACUGUGAGACAGAACCGAUGUCAUAUACCAGUUAAGACUCAUGGUGAACAAACUGAUUCAAGAGAAGUUCCCGAAGCAUCUCGCAGAAGAGCUGUGGUCACAGAUGCUGAUGAUCAGGCUAUUAAUACAAGCAGUUCUGGUGAUGAUGAUGUGUUUGCCAAAUCGCCCUUCACCAGUCCCAACAUUCGGCCAGGUUAACUGGUGUGACUUCAAGGGCAUGAUCCUGGGUCGUCCAGUUAAUCCUACAACAAUCCGGGUCAUGUCAGGUGAGUCGAGCAAGUCCUCACCACAGCUUCACUGUCGCCAAACCCCAGAAAAACUUAACAAAAAAUCAGUAUCAUGGACAGACCUGCAAGGUUGUGGAGCGCUAGAAAUUGAUGAAAUUCCAGAAAUCCGUUCACAGGAAUCUGCAAAGCUAGUUUUUCCACCAAAGUCCAUAAUGAAAAAGCCUAGUUUAGCUCCUAU